CUGUGCCCGGCGAAACCAAGGUUAUCCAACGCGAGCGUCGGCUGUCGCCGGCGUGGUUAGUGUGCGGGAGGUGUGUUGCGGAUGUUUAAUGGCUAGCUGAAAUGCUUUGAAGCCAUGCAGGUUCCUGCCCACCCAUAUAUGGCUCCUGGAAAAAGUAACUGGGGUCAGGCCCUGGUGUUCUUCAACACAACUGUCCAAGGCAUCAUGAACCGGACUCAUCCUCCACGGCUGUUGUAGUCAGGCCUGCCAUCCAAUUGUGAACACCUGAGCCAGAAGAUGGGCAUUCAAGACCUUCAGGCAUUCAUUGAGGAGCACGCACCACAGGCGUGUGUGCCGGUGGACCUGCUGAAGCUGGCGCGGGGCGUGACGCUUCGUCAGCCGCGCACGCCUAGCGCCCGCUACCGACCGCCACCGGCCGUCGAGCUGUGCCUGGUGCUGGACGCCGAGUCCUGUCUGGACCGGCUGUAUGGCGGCUACUUCAGCGACUGGGUGUGCGGCGGCCAGUGGAACCGCAUGGUGCAGUUCAUGGCCAUCCUCAUCCAGACGGUGCAGGCUAAUAACAUGGAGCUGGCCAUCUUCUUCUCCGGCGCGUUGGAGCUGCCACGCAUGCGCGACUGGGUGGGUCACCAGUACGCCCAGCGGCGCGACAUCAACCAGGCGCUGAAGCACGUGGCGCUCAAGUCGACGCCGCCGCCCAAGGUGUGGUGGACGGCGCCGGCCUGCCUACGCACCGCGCUGCGCAUGGCGCUGCGUCACCUCAAGGUGCAGGUGCUGUGCUCCAGCGACGACCACCGCCAGGAGGUGAUGGCCUUCUGCCGCGACAACAACUACCACGGCGUGAUGGCCGAGGACGCCGAGUACAUGGUGUUCAACCCGCCGCGCCUCUUCUCGGCCAAACAGAUGAAGCUCACGUACAAGGGCUCGCUGGAGACCAAGGAGUUUAUCCUGAACGAGGUGGCGCGUGGGCUGGACCUGCAGCCCAACCGGUUCUGCCUGCUGGCCGCCCUGCUGGGCACCUACCUGCUGACAGAGGACGAGCUGGCCGAGUUCCACGAGUCGCUCCGGAGCCUGCCAGACUCACCGGCCAAGGCCCCUGCGGAGGAUAUCAUCCGCCUGGUGCUGGAGUUUGUGCGCGCCCUGCCGUCGGUCGACUGUCUGGACACGGUCGGCGCAAGGGUGUUCAAGUCGGCCAAGGACCCUCGCAUUCAAAAGCUCAAGCAGAGCGUCGCCUACUUUGUGAACGGGUCCCGAGAUGACUACUUCAAGUACAAACCUGCCACCACCGCCGAACCGGACGGCGUGGCGGCAUUCGCGUCGGACACAGAGCCAGCGCCGCCUGCCAGCCGGCUCGUCAGUCAGCCGGCGUCGCCGGCCGUCCCGACCGACGGCCAGGCGAUGGACGCCAUCACACAGCGGCUCGGCCAGCUCACCACCGACAAUGGCGUUAGUAUAUCCGGCUCGGCUCCGGGCUCGUACAACGGCGUGGCGCCGUCGGCCAAUGGGCAUAUGGACAUGGGCGUGGAGGGGCCGCUGGUGGUGAUGACGCCGCCGCUGCUGCCGCCCGUUAGCGCCGAGGUGCUGCGCACGGCCGCCGAGCGACACCAGAAGGGCCUGAUGUCGCCCUGGAUCUAUCAGGUGCUCUCCAGGGGCGAACUAAAGAUUCCAGUCAGCAUGGAGGACGAGCUGGGCCGCGAGCUGCCGAACUCGACGCUCUUCUUCCGACCGGUGCGCGAGCGUGUGUACGCCGUCCUAUUCAACCUGUACCACCACAGCUACCUGCACAACAAGGACAAGGAGAAGCCGGCACCCGAGCGGCACCAGGUGCCGCACGUCCAGGUGCGUGAGUGGGCCUACAGUCGCAACAACCCGUACACGCGGCCCGACCUGGUGACAGCCAAGCCGCUGGGCUGGGGCGUGCCGACCGUGCAGCGCCUCUGGUUUGGGACGACUGACGACGACAAGAAGCGUCGGUUGAGGGCUUUCCUGACCUGCAUGCAGUCCGACUUCCCGAACAUGCGGAGUUCGGUGUAUGUGCCGCACCAGCUGCUGGUGCUCGCUUGUGUUCUCAGGUACAUUAUGUCUCAGAGCAGUGUGACGGGCCAGUCUUUCUUGUACAAGCCAGAGCUGGACGCCUUCAUUGCGCAGGCGCUCAGUCCCAAGCUCACCGACUCACACUACCUGCAGGAGCUGCAGCUCCCGGCCGUGACGCCGCGUGGGGUGCAGCUGGCCAACCUGUUCAUGCAGGGCGUGGAGGCGGCGCUGUUCGCCAACGACGCAUGCGGUGCGCCCAUCCCUUGGCUCAUGUGCUGCCCGUGGCUCUUCUUCGACGGCAAACUGUUCCACAGCUACCUGCUGAAGGCCAGCCAGUGCCGCAACGUCACGCAGCUGUGCGACGGCCAGAUGGAAAUGGUGGCGCAGCUGGAGCUGACGCGCCAGGCGGUGCUGGACGGGCUGCACGUGCAGUACGGCCGUCCGCCGCUGCCGGUGGGGCCGGGCCCGGCAUCG